CCAGCGCCCCGCCCAGUCCGGCGGCCCUGGGGUCUCCGACUGCGGCCGCGUGAGCUCGGAGCUGCCGCCGCCGCCGCGAUGCCGAAAGCCAAAGGGAAAAACCGGCGCCGAAAGUUCGGCUACAACGUCAACCGCAAGCGGCUGAACCGGCAGAGCCGCAAGCGGGCGGCGCCCCGUAUCGAAUGCUCCCACAUCAGACGUGCGUGGGAUGGAACAAAAUCCGUGUCUCAGAACCUGGCUGAAAUGGGGCUGGCUGCAGACCCCAACAAGGCGAUUCCCAUCCGGAAAAGGCAGCUACCGGUGAUGGAAAUGGAGGUUGAUGGCCAAGACAAAGGGAAGAGAGUUGUGAAGAAGCCUUAUGUCCUGGACGAGCUGGAGUAUGAGGCCAGCCUCCCAGAGAAGAAGUCGGAGACGCUCUCCAGAGACCUUCUCGACUAUGUGCAGUACAUGGUACGGAACCAUGGCGAGAAUUACAAGGCCAUGGCUUGUGAUGAGAAGAACUUCUACCAGGACACGCCCAAGCAGAUCAAGAGGAAGAUCAGUGUGUAUAAGCGCUUCUACCCGGAGGAGUUCCAGGCUUUCAUUGCAUCCCUGCAGCAGGUCAAGAUGGACCAGCAGUGACUGCUCCCACCCUGCCCUGUUGGACCCACCUGCAGCUGUGGGUCCCGUGCUGCCCCUCUCCAGGCAACCAAGGGAAGAUUGACUCUGCCUGCUGGUGCCAUUUCACCAUUCGCAGGCUGGGGCUUGCUGAACUACUUGUAGCUUCUGGUGGCAGGGAGGGAGCCACACACCGUGGGGAGAUGAGUGUGUGCUAGAAUGGGCUCCUCUGUGUGGCUGCAGGGGAGAUAACUGCUGCCUCACCAUAGUGGGGACGAAGGGAAGAGACCGUCUCUUGUGUCCUGCAGCUCCUAGUUACAAUAAAUCAGACUCUUCCAAACUAGCCUGAAUACACCCUAGUGCAACUGG